GUCGUCCUUGACACGGCUAUUUCCCAAUUAAAGAGGAACACGUGAAUUUGCUCCCCUACUUAGCGCCAUGUAAACGGUUCGCUCUCGUCCUCACAGAAAAAAGGCAACAGUCUGUGUAUCAAAAUCUGUGUAUGAAAUAAAGAGAAAGAGGAAUAUGCACGCCUUAGUGAACGCCUUCAUGCGCUGCCUCUCCUUCCUCUUGCCUCCCUCUUGGCUUUGUGUCAGUUUUUGCUUGUGGGCUGGGAGUGAGUGCGAGGAGACGCUGCCGCGGCCCAAUCCCAGAGCUCGUUUCAAAAGCAGAAAGCCUCUUACAUAUGAGGAAGUAGCAGCACUAGCAGCAGCAGCAGCAGUAGAAGCCCAAGGAGGCUCCAGCCCGUCGGUCUCACCAGCAGGUCCAGGCUGCGUCUCGCCGGCUGCUACAAGCCCCGCUGCUCUUCAGGGCCCUCCGUCGGGUCGGAUCUGGAUCGGGGCUCUCUGGCGAGCCGUGGAGCGCGUCUUCGGAGCCCCUUGGGUCCUUCUCCGCCAUCACUGGUGCCCGAAUAAGAAGCGUCGAGCAGCUUUACGCACCCCGUAUCCUGUCUGUGCCUUCGAGUCGAGUCAGAUUAAAAGCUUCCAGGGAGGCGCUGCUGCUACUGCUGCUGCUGCUACGAGCACCGGGGACGGGAAGGGAGCGGGUGGAAGCACCUUGACUUGUUCCAGGAACAUGAGCGGGUCCGAGGGGAGCCCAAACCCGAGCCCGCCGGAGUGCGUCUUGGAAGCGUCAGCGGAGCACGGCAUCGAUGAGGUAAUCACCGUGGAACAACACACGCAGGAGAUGGGGACGGUGACGAUAACAGUGGCCAUUCAAGCGGCGGAGGAGGACGAGGAGCCGGAGGAAGUGUCAUCCAAUAAUAUUGACUUCCUCGGAGGCAGCUGUAGCGAGGACGAAAUCGGAAGACAUGACAAAUCAAGUGGUGCUGGGACCAGUGGAGGGGAGUUGGAAGAGGAGAGCUGGCAGCCCCCAGAUUCAGAGCUCAUCCAGAAGUUGGUUGCUCAGAUCGAGUACUAUCUAUCCGAUGAGAACCUGGAGCACGAUGCCUUCCUGUUAAAACAUGUCAGACGCAACAAACUGGGGUUCGUCAGCGUCAAGUUGCUCACUUCGUUCAAAAAGGUGAAACACUUGACUCGUGACUGGAGAACAACUGCUUAUGCUCUGAGACACUCAAAGCUACUCGAGCUGAAUGACGAGGGGCGAAAGGUGCGACGUAAAUCCGCAGUGCCAGUCUUUGCCAGCGAAUCAUUGCCGAGCCGCAUGCUGCUGUUAAGUGACUUGCAGAGGUGGCCAGAGCUGGCAGCUCUCACUAAGGAUAACGGAGGCAGCGAAGGUGGAGCCACUCUGCAGGAGCAGCUGAUGAAGUUACUGCUGAAGGAGUUCGGAACAUACGGCGCGAUCGCCUCCGUCCGAGUGCUGAAGCUCGGUAAGGACCUGCCGGCUGACCUCAAGAGGCUGAGCGGCCGCUACACUCAGUUAGGCACUGAGGAGUGCGCCAUUGUGGAGUUUGAGGAGGUGGAGGCUGCUGUUAAAGCAAAUGAAGCUGUGGGGAGCGAGGAUGGAGGGGCCGGGUCGCUGGGGUUGAAGGUAGUCCUGAUUGGCACCAAGCCGCCCAAGAAGAAGGUUCCUAAAGAACGGCCGCGUGAGGAAGGAGGGAUGCGCAAGAGUCGCUCGCUCAACAGCAGAGUACGGGAGCUCCAGUACCAUGGGGACGACUCAGCCUGCAGCUCCUCAGAGACUGAGAGCACCCCUACGUCCCCAAGGCUGGCCAGAAAGUCCCAGUCCUGUAACAAGCUCAGCCCCACCACUGCAGGCAUCAACUUCCAGAACAAUCACCUCAGUCCUGGUAUGUCCCCACGCAACAGCCCCUGGUCAAGCCCCCGUGCAAGCCCCUGUCCUCAGCGCAAAACCACGCAUUCCCACAAGUCUCCCCUAGCAAGCGAGGGCAGACUGAGCCCCGAGCCUGGGCGCCGCUGGGCAGACUACUCCUCAGACAGUAGCCUCACCCCAUCAGGGAGCCCGUGGGUUCAGCGGCGCAAGCAGGUGGCGUCUCAGGAGAGCAGUCCAGUGGGCAGCCCGAUGCUGGGUAGAAAGAUCCAGAACGCCGAUGGCCUGCCGCCUGGCGUAAUGAGGCUGCCAAGGGGUCCCGAUGGAACCCGUGGCUUUCACUGUGUCUCUAUGAGCGAGAGGGGAAAGACUGCUGCCACUCAGACUUGAUAUGUGGAGCAUCCUCACUUCCCCCCCAGAAAUUAUAUAUUGGAAAAUUCGUGCUGUUCUGCCAUGUCGCUCAGCCCCCCCCUCCCCGCCCCACAUUUGAGACUGUGUAGAUAUAUUUUUGUUGAGUGCAUCAGUUUUCAGUCUUUGUUACAUUUUUAUACGACGUUUUGAGUUACCAUGGUAACAUUAGUGAUUUACUAAUGGAAAUUUGAGUGAAUGUAAAUUGAUAUUGCUUUGAAAUGAACAACAUCAUCUCCAUUGCUGUCUAAACUUGUUCUACAUGGAGUGGAGAGGGAAUUCCAUUUUUUUCUUUUAAUUGAAAAGUGUCCUCUGUCUUGUGUGUAAAAGCUCACAACAUUGUCUGUGGAUGGUGUGUAAAUGUGUAAGCGGUGUACAGGCACAUGGACUUGAUAGAGAUAUCACCAUAUGCCUUUUCUGUAUUUGUCUACUGUGAGUUGCAUUUUUUUUUACAUGCUAUUUAAACUGAGGCCAUAAUCGCUUCACUGCCAUAAAGGUUUGACAGUUAAAUCUGGACAUGAUAUUAGUUUUUAUUUUGCCUUUUUUAAUUUCAGUAUUUUCAGUACGCUUUGGCACUUAGUUGGGAAGGGUCUUCUAGCCCUGUAAAUGUUAAUUUGUUUAGCAGGUAGCUGCUUUAUUUAUUUUUUUUAGCUUUAUUUUUAUUUUGCUAUUUGUUUCCAUCAGUCUAAAAGCUCACAGUGAGGUAUGAGGGAUGUUCUGGCAGAAAAUGGGAAGAAAAAAAAAUGCUCUUAUGUUCUUGCCUUUACAUCUGAACUGGGGUAUUUGUACAGUGCGAUUCCUAUAUUGUACAAAUAAAUCACUAAAAUUGCA